CGCGGGCUUGCACCUAGUGAUUGGUGUCCGUCUAACGAACCGCAUCGAAUCGUGCGCAGUGUGUUGGUUUUCGUGUUAGUUUAAAUUCGAUUUACUCGCGGGUUUAAGUGAUUUUUUUUCCCCGAGCAUCCAGAGAAUCGCCGCUAUGGAAUUAAAGGUAUUAGCGGUUACGUUGUUGUUGGCUGUGAGCUGCAGCUGCCAAUACGAGGCAGAGAGUCAUCAACACGAUGAUGGGUGCUCUCAUCCACCAAAAUAUGGACCUAGCAAAUCUGAUUACACCCAAAGUCUUGUAUCUUACGCUCCUGCAGCACCCAAACCAGCUUACUUCAAGCCCAGCUAUGAAGCAGCAAGCUAUUCGGCCCCGAGUUACUCAGCACCGAGCUACUCGGCACCAAGCUACUCUGCCCCUAGCUACUCGGCUGCCAGCUACUCAUCGGCCAGCUACUCGGCUCCCAGCUACUCGGCUCCGAGCUACUCAGCUCCGAGUUACGCAGUUCCUGACCCGAGCUACGCGUCACCAAGCACCCCUAAAUACUCUUCACCGAGCUACACCAACAAUUACAAGCCAGCAAAGGCUGCGUACUCUGCCCCAGCGUACAAACCAGCAGUGUACUCCACACCCAAAUACGAAGCUCCACAAUACGUGUCUAGCACCACCGAAUACACACCACAUGAAUACAAAGGCGAUUACAAACCAGCUGCACCGUACUCAGUGACUACCCCGAAAUGUGAAGACGCUGCACAACACGAAUACACUACCGCCGCACCGUCUUACUCGUACUCUCCAGCACCACAGUUGUACGUAAGCAAACCUGCCUACUCCCCAGCGCCAGCUGCAUACUCUGCAUCCAGCUACUCGACUCCAGCUCCCAGCUACGCUGUACCCAACCCAUCUUACUCCUCAGCGUCCGCCAGCUACUCCCAACCAAAAUACUCGCCAUCCAGCUACUCUUCAUCCAGUUACUCAUCAUCCAGCUACUCUACCGCCGCCCCGAGCUACGCAGUGCCUAGCCAGUCUUACUCACCAGCACCGGCCAGCUACUCUCAACCAAAAUACUCGGCACCGAGCUACUCUUCAUCCAGCUACUCAUCUUCCAGCUACUCCGCACCGGCCGUCAGCUACGCCGUACCAGAACCGAACUACGCUUCACCAUCCGCCCAGAAAUACUCUCCACCCAGCUACUCCACACCAGCUCCGAGCUACGCCGUCCCUGAACCAGUGUACGCAUCUCCGGCCGCACCAAAAUACUCCCCAGUCAGCUACUCCACACCAGCCCCGAGCUACGCCGUCCCUGAACCAGUGUACGCCUCUCCGGCCGCACCGAAAUACUCCCCGGUCAGCUACUCCACACCAGCUCCGAGCUACGCCGUCCCAGAACCAGUGUACGCCUCUCCGGCCGCACCAAAAUACUCCCCAGUCAGCUACUCUACACCAGCCCCGAGCUAUGCCGUCCCAGAACCAGUGUACGCUUCUGCACCAAAAUACUCUACUCCAGCACCCAAAUACCAGCCAUCCAGCUACAACUCGUACUCAAGCAGCAGCUACAAGGCCGCCAAACCCGAAUACUCUGCACCAGCACAUAAGUCCAUAGCAUACUCUACUCCGUCAUCGUACGUCGCAGUGGCCCCGCCAAAAUGUGAUGAGCACGAACAAGAAUACGUUACCAAAGCUCCGUCUUACGAUUCCAAACAAUCGUAUGCCCCAGCUCCAGCAUACUCGCCGGCCGCGUAUUCGUCAUCGAAACAAUCUUACUCGUCCGCUCCAAUCGCCGUGUACUCUCCAGUCGCUUCUUACGGCCCAGCCCCCGAAUACUCUGCCGCUCCCAGCUACUCAGCCCCUUCGUACUCUGCUUCCCAGAGCUACCAAUCGGCAUCUUACUCUGCUGCCGCCCCAAGUUACCCGUCACCGUCAUACGCCCCUGCACCUGCCCCAGCAUAUGCCCCAGUAGCUCAGUCAUACGCACCAGCGGUCCCGUCAUACGCACCAGCAGCCCCAGCAUACGGACCAGCAGCCCAGUCAUACGCACCAGCUAAGACCUACGCGAGCUACGUCACACCACCAAAAACUGGGCCGACCAAGAACGUCGUAAACACCCACUUGGAAAAUUACGAUGAGAACCCAAGAUACGCCUACGAAUACAGCGUAGACGAUUCGUACACAGGUGACAAGAAGAGCCAAAAAGAAGAACGUGAUGGUGAAGUCGUGAAAGGAGAAUACAGCCUUGUCGAGCCGGACGGUUCCAUAAGGACAGUCACCUACUACGCCGACUGGGACAACGGAUUUUUCGCCAAUGUCUCCAAGACUCCAGCAGCAGGAGCUAAAUACUAAUUUUAAAAUAUAAAUGUAUAAACUUAAUAUAUUUCUUAACUCUUUUUUUCUAUACGCCGGAUGUUACGAUAUAAAUAUUAUGCAAAAUACGUAAGUCCCAUCAUAUAGCAAAAACCAUGUAACUCAUCAACGCCUUAUUGUAAUUAUGUUACCGGCGCUUCGCGUAUAUAUUUUUAGACCAUAAAAUACAAUUUUUUUUAUAUAGAUUGAGAUCAGAAAAGUUAUAGUUUGUUCGAAUCAAAAUAAAAAGAAACGAUCUCACAACAACAUCGAAAAACGUAUCAAAAUUAAAUCCGCGUCUACUUGUGACAUUAUAUUAUUAUAAGCAUCAACAAUCAUAUUAUUUCAAUUAUUUUAUUAACAUUUCAUUAGUUUAAACUUUAAUGAAAAAGGAACGAAUAAAAACAAAUACCCACGAAUGAAACACAAUAAAUCAGUGAGACAAUUAUAUUAAACCAUGUAGAAAAUAAGGUUGCCGUCAACGAUGGUUUCGUCACUUGUUUUUUUUCGAAAGCCCACAACAUUUAAACACGUUCAUAAUAAUAUCUAAAUUGUCUAAUUUUAUAAUAGAAUUACCUUCUUCCUAAUUCUGUACCUUAUGCAAUUGUAUAUAUUUAUACUUUUCGAUGUAAAAUUUUUAUUAUUAUUUUAUUAUUUUUUUUUAUCAUCAUUAUUAUUAUUAUUAGUUGUAGUAUUAUUAAUCUUCGUGUACAAUCUUCAUCUGAUUUUUAUAUUAUUAUAUUGUAUUAUGUAUCAUGACGAUCAAUCGAUAAUAGGUCGAUAGCAAUUUUUGACUUAUAUAUUUUAUUAUAAAUGAAAACUUCGUAGUUACCAACACAA